GAGAAAUGGAAUCCAAAGAGGAACAAGGAGGAAAAAAUCUCAACAUGGAAAAUGACCAUCAGAGCAAGGAGGAAAAGGAAGAAAAGCCGCAGGGUGCUAAGAAAAGGGUGCAGCCUGUGGUCCUGCCUCUUGAAGCUGAAUACUCUGCGCCUCGAGGAAAUCGCAGGCGCUUCCGCAUUAGGCAGCCCAUUGUGCACUAUAGAUGGGACCUGAUGCACAGGGUCGGAGAGCCCCAGGCAAGGAUGAGAGAGGAGAACAGGGAAAGGUUUGGGGAGGAUGUGAGACAGCUCAUGGAGAAGUUGAGGGAAAGGCAGCUGAGCCAUACUCAGCGGGCAGUUAGCACUGACCCCCCGCACCAUGACCAUCAUGAUGAGUUUUGCCUUAUGCCCUGAAUCCUGGUUUUCUCUGAAGAUAAUACGGGGACCCCUGCUUCAAAAACUUAAUGUUUGUGAUGUACGGUUGUAAAAUUUUUGAUGUUACUUGUUCCUCAUGGGUCUCCGCGUACUGCCAGCUUCUAAUUGAAACUUGUGUUUUUGAUUCAGUCUUAAUUUUUUUGUUGUUAGCAGAAUUUAUCUAAUGCAUGGAAAGAAUCUCAGUAUAUAUUGUGGAGCUAAUAAAGCAGAUUUAAAAAGCAA